AUGGCAUGCCACAAUAUCAUGAUAUUGAGUUUGCUUGCUGUCACUUUUACUCUGGUCAUUGCCUUUGAGCCUAGUCCUCUGCAAGAUUUCUGCGUUGCUGAUCCUACUAGCUCAGCCCGAGUUAAUGGCCUUGCUUGUUUGGACUCUAAGCUUGUACAGGCCAACCAUUUCUUUUUCAGUGGACUCCAUGUGCCUGGGAACACAUCGAACCCCCUUGGCUCUAGGGUUACUCCAGUCACUGUAGGACAACUGCCUGGACUGAACACCCUUGGCAUCUCCUUGGCCCGUAUAGACUAUGCACCAUGGGGUGUUAUUCCACCACACACUCAUCCUCGCGCAACUGAGAUACUCACAGUCCAACAAGGCAAACUCUUUGUUGGGUUUGUGACCUCCAACCCGGACAACCGGCUCAUUUCAAAGGUGCUUGGUACGGGAGAUGUGUUUGUGUUUCCAGUGGGGCUUCCUCACUUCCAACAGAACAUUGGCACUGGAAAGGCAGUUUCGCUCUCCACCCUGAGCAGCCAAAACCCAGGUGUCAUCACUAUUGCAAAUGCUGUUUUUGGAUCAACCCCGCCCAUUGCUGAUGAUGUUUUGGCCAAGGCAUUCCAGGUAGACAAGAGUGUAAUUACUCGUCUGCAGGCACAAUUCUAGAGUACUGAGUGAGAACCACAUGAAGAAGAAGACUUUAUUUUUCUUGGAGGCCAAUUCAUAUGCAGAAGUUUGUAUGUGUUAUGUUUAAUUCUGUUGUUCAGG